AACUGUGACCAUAACAAAACUAUGUCUGACUCGGACGCAUCUGGCCGUAAUGGCGCAACUACUGGACGCCCUUCCGCUGUAGCCAAACCCCCAGGAGCUCAGAUUCGCCGACGUGCUGCUGGCUCUCAAGCAUCAAGACCAAAUUCGACUCGUGCAGCUGGCGCUGGAGGGUCUUCGGGGACCAUGCUAAAGCUGUACACGGAUGAUUCCCCCGGUUUACGAGUUGACCCAUUCAUCGUUCUGGUUUUAUCUCUGUCGUUCAUUGCGUCUAUCUUCUUCCUCCACAUCUCUGCCAAAAUAAUUCGGUCGUUCAGCAAGUAGUGGCUCGAUUAAUGCAUUCAUUCUACUUUGGCACUUUGUGCUGGGAAUAUUAGUGAAUUUUCGGGGUUCGGAGGCUUCUCAUACCAGGUUAAGGCCUCGAAGGAUUCGCGCUGUACUAAAAGUACUGUUCACCUGACAGCAGCUGUUUCGCUCGUCGCUGUUCCCG